GGCUAGAGACCAAAGAGGCCUAAAGUAUUAAGCAAACACAGUCCAUGAGUCCUUGUAAACUUCGAAUGGAGCAGAGGAAAGGCCGAAGGUUGAUACUCUUCCCAUUUCCCUUGCAAGGCCAUAUAAACCCUAUGCUUGAGCUGGCCAACAUUCUACACUUCAAAGGCUUCUCCAUAACAAUCAUCCAUACAAACUUCAACUCUCUCAACCCUUCAACCCAUCCACAGUUCACCUUCCACUCAAUCUCAGAUGACUUAUCUGAAAGCGAGGCUGCUGAAGAGGAUCUUCUCCUUCUUCUUUCUCAUCUCAACGCAAAGUGCAGUGAACCUUUCCGGGAAUGCUUGGCCACCUUGUUGUCUAGUGUAACGGAGGAGCCUGUUGCUUGCUUGAUCUGUGACCCACUCUUUGACUUCACUCAGUCUGUUGCUGAGAGCCUUAUGCUCCCAUGGAUUCUGCUAAGGACCAGUGGUGCUUCUUCCAUUGCUGUCUAUUCUGCAUUUCCACUCCUGCGGGAAAAGGGUUACAUUCCAAAGCAAGACUCUCGACUGGAAGAGACGGUGACAGAGCUUUCACCUGUCAAAGUUAAAGAUCUUCCGAUGAUCCACAGUUCCGACCCAGAGAGAUUUUAUAAACUAGUACGCUUCAUUACAUAUGAAACCAAGGACUCAUAUGGAUAUAUCUUUAACACUUUUGAAGACCUUGAACAAGAUGCACUGGCCACAAUUCGCAAGAAAUUUCACAUUCCAGUUUUCCCAAUAGGUCCAUUUCACAAGUGUGUCCCAGCAACCACUUCUGCAAAUAGCUUAUUAUCACAAGACCGGAGCUGCAUUUCAUGGCUAAACACUCAAGCACCAAAAUCUGUUAUCUAUGUUAGUUUCGGGAGCAUUGCCGCAAUAAACGAAGCUCAGUUUUUGGAGAUAGCCUGGGGAUGUUAA